AUGGGAGAACAUUGUUAUGUAGAAACCGACCCAACUGGUCGCUAUGGAAGGUUUGGAGAUAUUCUUGGAAAAGGGGCAAUGAAGACUGUGUACAAAGCAAUUGAUGAGGUUCUUGGCAUUGAGGUAGCAUGGAACCAAGUCAGACUCAAUGAGGCGCUUCGCACCCCGGAAGAUUUGCAGAGGCUUUACUCAGAGGUUCAUCUCCUCAGUACCCUCAAGCACCAGUCCAUCAUAAGAUUCUACACUUCUUGGAUUGAUGUUGAAAACCGGGCCUUCAACUUUGUCACAGAAUUGUUCACAUCAGGGUCACUGAGAGAAUACAGGAAGAAAUAUAAUCGUGUCAGCAUACAAGCUAUAAAGAAUUGGGCUCGCCAAAUCUUACAAGGUCUUGUUUAUCUACAUGGGCACGAUCCACCAGUGAUCCAUAGGGACCUUAAAUGUGAUAACAUAUUUGUCAAUGGUCAUCUUGGACAAGUAAAAAUUGGUGACCUGGGACUUGCUGCAAUUCUCCGUGGUUCCCAAUCAGCACACAGUGUUAUAGGCACCCCUGAAUUCAUGGCUCCAGAAUUGUAUGAGGAAGAAUACAAUGAACUUGCUGAUGUGUAUUCAUUUGGCAUGUGUGUGUUGGAAAUGCUUACAUCUGAAUAUCCAUAUAGCGAAUGUUCUAAUCCAGCACAAAUCUACAAGAAAGUGACAUCGGGAAAACUACCAAUGGCGUUUUUCCGGAUUGAAGACAUGGAAGCACAAAAGUUUAUUGGAAAAUGCUUACUACCUGCAGAAAAGAGGCCGUCGGCGAAAGAAUUGUUGCUUGACCCGUUUCUUGUGUCUGAUGAUCCAUCAUCAACGACAAAAUUUGCAAUUCAGAAGCCAUUUUUAAAUGCCACUGAGAUGGAGAAACUACAAUUAAGUGAUGAUCUUCCUAGGACUGGAAUGAAAGUGAUAGGGAAACUGAAUCCUGAAGAUGAUACUAUCUUUCUCAAAGUGCAAAUUUCUGAUAAGGAUGGUUCUGUAAGGAAUGUAUUCUUUCCCUUUGACAUUUUCAAUGACACCCCUGUUGAUGUUGCAACUGAAAUGGUGAAAGAGUUGGAGAUUGAUGAUUGGGAACCUUUUGAGAUUGCAAAUAUGAUUGAUAGAGAGAUAUCUGCUCUGUUACCUCACAGGAGGCAAAGUAGCAGUUCAGAUGCCUUCCACACAUUCAGCUAUAUAGAUGGUGAUUGUGAUGAUGACGAUGCAACUCAACAUCACUUUCGCUCGUUCUCUUCAAGUUCAUCAUUCCAGGAAUCACUGCCAGAUUUUGUCAAAGCUGAGGAAAUAUCAAGUGGGUAUUAUUGGCUCCAUGAUGAUUCGCAUGACGAUACCAGUUCACGAUGCUCUUCACAAGGGACAUAUUCCAACUUGAAUUAUUAUUCUGUAGAUGAUCAUCAAGAUCAGUACAACGUGCCUUCUUUGAGAAAAGAUAAACUUCCCAUCAUAAAGAGUCACAGCAAGGGAAAAAAGGUUUCCCCUGGCGAAGACUUAAGCAAUCUCAACCACUUUAAACUCAUGGUAGGAUCACAGGUUCCUUUUACUAGUAAAAAUAAGAUAGUGAUGAAUAACAGCAGAUUAACAAGGAACAGAUCAUUGAUUGAUCUAAGGAGCCAACUAUUACACCGAUCACUGGUUGAAGAGGUAAAUAAAAGAAGGUUAUUCAAGACAGUUGGUGCUGUGGAAAAUAUUGGGUUUCAGGCACCUUGUGAUGUUACCACAAAAAGGUCACAGCAUGUAUCUGCUGCUCCAAAUGAGAAAUCUUCCAGGAAGGGCAAGGGGAAAAAAUAA